UUCCGUCUUAUUUUUUUUUAUUUCAAUCUCAAACUCGAUUGCCACAAGGCAGUUCGGUCGAUGGUAACGGAUAAAAGGUAGUUUUAAAAUUCAACAUAAGUGCGAAUUAGUGUAUUGACGGAAUAGUUUUCCAUUCCCAGUGAACCUUACUGACGACAGCGGAAUCAUAUUAUGUCUGGAUCACAGAGUGAAGAAGUAAGCAUUUUGCAGAGGUAUUCCGAAGGCCAAAUAAGAGAACUUCGAGAAGCUUUUCGGCUGUUCGAUAAAGAUGGGGACGGAUCAAUUACAACCGAUGAAUUAGGAACAGUGAUGAGGAACCUUGGACAAUUUCCUUCAUCAGAAGAACUAAAUUUGAUGCUGAAAGAAAUCGACAUUGAUGGUGAUGGAACAUUCAGUUUCGAGGAGUUUGUUCAGGUAAUGGCAAACAUGGGAGGGAUAUCCGAGCAGUCAGCCGAGGACGAAGAGGAGGAGUUAAGACAGGCAUUUAGGGUUUUCGACAAGGGAGGGUGUGGAUACAUUACUGCAUCUGAUCUUAGAGCUGUCUUACAGUGCAUGGGAGAAGAUCUUACAGAGGAGGAAAUUGAUGAAAUGAUUGCUGAAGUUGAUAUCGAUGGCGAUGGUAGAAUAGAUUUUGAAGAGUUUAUUGCAUGUAUGUGUGAAGACAAAACCGACACCAAGAGGCAAGAUCCCUUCGAUGAUUGAUCAACAAUUGCCAAACAGUUAUAAUAAUAAUUUUCAAGAAAUCUCAUCACUAAUAAAUGUUCGAAUCUGUCAUUUCAAAUAAAGCGCAUUAUUUAUAUAAUUA